AUGACUAGUUUGCAAGUCUUGCAGAAUAAGGCUGCUAAAAUAAUUUUAGACAGUGCUUUUUAUUCAUCUGCUACGCAUGCGCUUGCAUGCGUGCAGACGUCUCCUAUUUCCUUUGUUUCACGUGGAGAAGGUCCCUUUUCCGCGAGCAACAAAGGAAAUAGGAGACGUCUGCACUCAUGCAACGCAUGCGCUUGCCACUCUCAAGUGGGUUCCAUUAGAAAAAAGGCGUUUUCCGAGAAGAUGUAUUUAUGUGUAUAAGUGUUUAAAUGGAUUUGAUGAGCAUGAUAUGAACUUCAUAAGACAGUAA